GUCCGUACUGUGUCUCCAUCCGGAUCAGGCGGCCGCCCGUCGUCCGAACUCGGGAUCGUAAGUAUCAGUUUGCAAGUGAAAUAACGAUUCCUCGCGGUAUAUUUUCGCACGGCGGCGCGUAAUCAAUUCCGCUGGAUACGCGAGAAGUGUUUCUGGUCGUCGGCAUCGACGGGGACAGCGCGAGGUUUGGUCGGCGGUUUCCAACCUAACCUAAAAUCGGAGCUGCCCGCGAUGGGUCUCCCGCGGCACAUACAAUUUUUCAGCCGUACGAUCUUUGUUCAAAAUAACGACGUGGACAAGGCGUGCCGUGUGUUAAAUCGUAUCCUGUCCAAGGAGGACAUCCUCGGGCAGUACAGGCGCACGAGGUACUACGAGAAACCGACGCAGGUCCGACGCAGGAUCAACUUCGAGACGUGCAAGUCGAUCUACAAUGAGGACAUGAACAGAAAGAUCCAAUUUCUUCUACGCAAGAACAGAGUAGAUCCUUAUCCGGGCGCGUCGUAGGGCCGUUGAUUGUAAGUCCGUCAACAAGUUGGCACCCUACGAUUUAUUUAUGAAUAAAUUCACGUGAUCAAACGUA